GGAACACUCCAUAUUUUGCUCUCACACCGCAGUUUGAGGUCACGGUGGUUUCGAAGCGCGCUGAAAACCCGAAAAUGGGCCAACUUUGAGGCGGUCUGUCUUACGUUUAACUGCGGGCUUGUGAUCAGAAAUAGUUCCCAGCGUUUGUCUAACUCUUCCUAAGCAUGACUUUUUAUGUGAACGUUUCUAAAUGCUCAUUUCGUCCUGCAAAAUCCACUGGCGCCGAUAGCGGUUGGUUGCUCUGAUUUUUUUUUUAAACUUUCCAAAUUCGUCAGGAUUUGUACUCUAACAAUACACAGACUUCGGGAGAAUAAACUGGAGUCGCGUUUGCGGUCACUAUUAUUAUUUUUUGGGAACAGACAAAAGCGCCUACCAUGGCUGCACGCAUCCCAGCCCCUUUGCACAGAAAACGCUGGCGACACCAGCACGAGGACGCCCCCCUCCCCAUCCCCAUAGCCUCCCUGACAGCAGUGACAGCAUCAGACGACAACUGGUGCUGCUGUACAGGUAGAUUCCAGGGGGACUGUGUGUUGGUGACUGAUCUCCAUGAGAUGACCAUGCUGUACAACAAUGGUUUCUUUGGGAAGGGUACCUUGUCUAAGUGUGGCCCUGGCACGGAUAGGUUCAAGGCAUCGGAGAAGAGGCAUCAUCAGCCCUCACUGUCCUCAACUUUAUUCCAGUGUAGGAAAAGGGCAAGAGUUGAGGUGGAACCUACAUCUGCAGUUGACAACAGCACGAUGGUGGCAGAGACCUCGCAGUGUGAACAACUGGACCAGUUCGACCCACUUUGGAGUGGUCAGAAUGACACAGAUCAGCACAGAACAGGAGCUGGGAACAAUACAGAAGAUUCCCAGGAUCCUGCCACACAGGACUGGCCAGGAGGGGACAGCAGCUGUUGGGAGCUGUCCGAAGAUAGGACAGCACAUGGACAGCCUGAUCAGCCCUACUCACAGUUAAUGGGUGCAGCAGCAACCAUACAGUCAUCUCAAAGAACUACCUGUGCUCAUGUAGAAUCAACAACACAGAGAAAGGAUUUAGAGGAAUGUUUUGCUUCAGGGAGACCUGGCAGUAGUAAGGGUACCACAGAACAGAAGUGUGAGACCGGCCACACAGAGACUGGUGUGUCCGACACAGAACAUGGUCAGGAAAACUACGGUGUGAGACCAAAGGAUUGUGCAAAUCAAGAAGACAAGAUUAGUGGCUCAGAAGACCAAAGCAGAGUUGGAGAGUUCUUGCAGUUAAGUCUGGAGGAAGCGUUUUUCCUGAGUUAUGGUCUUGGCUGUUUGAGUGUUCUUGAUGGGUCUGGCCGUCCGAUGACACUGGUGGAAAUGUGGCAACGCUUCAGCCAGACCCAACAUGACUUCAUCCAAAACUACAUUGUGUACCACUACCUGCGCAGUAAAGGCUGGGUACCUCGGGCUGGGGUGAAGUAUGGAGCACCCUGGGUUUUGUACAGGAAAGGGCCCAGGUUCUACCACUCCAGCUACUCUGUAGUGGUGCAGACCGUGGAUGGAGACAGACUGACACCUUCCCGCGGUCUGUCCUGCUGUCGCUCCUGGCACCUCCUGGCUGGUAUGGACAGAAUCACCCAGCAUGUGGGGAAGGAGGUACUGUUGUGUUUUGUGGUGAGACCAGCAGACUUGACCGAGGAAGAGGAGACCUCUCCCAGCUGCAUCUCAAGGUUCAGAGUCCAGGAAGUUGUGAUGAAGCGAUGGGUUUCCUCUCAAGAGAGGGAAGAGCGGGAAGAGGACCACUGAUGUUACAUCACUGUUCUAUAGCCAGCCUGACU